CCCGCCGCCUCCCCGUCCUGCCGCCGCCGGGCGCGCUCUGGUCUCGCGCGGCCCCAUUCCCCCCCCCUCCCGCCAUGGCAGCCGCCGCGGAGGAGCCCUUCCCUUUCCACGGCCUCCUGCCCAAGAAGGAGACCGGCGCCGCCGCUUUCCUCGCCCGUUUCCCCGACUUCGACGGGCGGGGCGUGCUGCUGGCUGUGCUGGACACCGGCGUGGACCCGGGGGCGCCGGGCAUGCAGAUUACAACUGAUGGAAAACCCAAGAUAAUUGAUAUAAUUGAUACAACAGGCAGUGGUGAUGUAACCACAUGUACCAUUGUAGAACCUAAAGAUGGGGAAAUUACUGGUCUUUCUGGAAGAACUUUAAAGAUUCCAGCAAACUGGGUAAAUCCUUCAAGCAAAUAUCACAUUGGCAUAAAAAACGGCUAUGAUAUCUAUCCUAAAGCUCUUAAGGAGAGGAUUCAGAAAGAACGCAAGGAAAAGCUCUGGGAUCCUGUGCACAGACUGGCUCUAGCAGAGGCCUGUAGGAAACAAGAAGAAUUUGAUGCUGCUCAUAGUUCUCCCUCCCAGGUAAAUAAGCUAAUAAAGGAAGAACUUCAAAAUCAAGUGGAACUGUUGAAUUCUUUUGAGAAAAAAUACAGUGAUCCUGGUCCAGUAUAUGAUUGUCUAGUAUGGAAUGAUGGUGAGACCUGGAGAGCCUGCAUAGAUACAAGUGAGAGUGGUGACCUAGCUAGCUGUACAGUGCUGAGGACCUACAAAGAGGCUCAGGAAUAUGGAUCUUUUGGAACAUCUGAGAUGUUGAAUUAUUCUGUAAAUAUAUAUGAUGAUGGAAAUCUUCUUUCCAUUGUGACAAGUGGAGGAGCACAUGGAACACACGUGGCCAGUAUUGCAGCUGGAUACUUUCCAGAAGAACCAGAACGAAAUGGUGUGGCUCCUGGAGCUCAGAUUCUUGCAAUCAAGAUUGGAGAUACAAGACUAAGUACAAUGGAAACUGGCACUGGUCUAAUAAGAGCUAUGAUAGAAGCAAUAAAAUACAAAUGUGAUCUUGUCAACUAUAGCUAUGGAGAGGCAACACAUUGGCCAAAUUCUGGGAGAAUUUGUGAAGUAAUUAAUGAAGCAGUGUGGAAACACAAUGUAAUCUAUGUUUCAAGUGCAGGAAAUAAUGGCCCUUGCCUUUCUACAGUAGGAUGUCCUGGUGGAACUACAUCUAGUGUAAUAGGUGUUGGUGCCUAUGUAUCACCUGACAUGAUGGUUGCUGAAUACUCUUUAAGAGAAAAACUGCCAGCAAAUCAAUAUACUUGGUCAUCUAGAGGGCCUAGCACUGACGGUGCCCUUGGCGUAAGUAUCAGUGCCCCAGGAGGUGCUAUUGCUUCUGUUCCAAACUGGACUCUGCGAGGAACACAACUCAUGAAUGGCACAUCCAUGUCUUCUCCCAAUGCAUGUGGAGGCAUUGCAUUAGUAUUGUCAGGACUGAAAGCUAAUGAUGUUCAUUACACCGUUCAUUCUGUCAGAAGAGCUUUAGAAAAUACUGCAGUGAAAGCUGAAAACAUAGAAGUAUUUGCACAAGGACAUGGUAUUAUUCAGGUUGAUAAAGCCUAUGACUACCUCAUUCAGAAUUCAGCAUGCACGAGUAACAUAGGCUUUACAGUUACUGUUGGCAGCAACCGUGGAAUCUACCUCAGAGAUCCUGCCCAGAUAGCUGCACCUUCUGAUCAUGGGGUUGGCAUAGAACCUGUCUUUCCUGAGAAUACAGAAAACACUGAAAGAAUAUCUCUCCAGCUUCAUUUAGCGUUAACUUCAAAUGCACCAUGGGUCCAGUGUCCUAGUCAUUUAGAGCUUAUGAACCAGUGUCGACACAUAAAUAUUCGUGUGGAUCCACGUGGCCUGAGAGAAGGACUACAUUAUACAGAGGUGUGUGGAUAUGAUAUAGCAAUGCCUAAUGCAGGCCCUCUGUUCAGAGUCCCAAUAACUGUUGUUAUACCAACAAGAGUAGAUGAAUCAUCAAGCUAUGACCUGACAUACACAGAUGUUCAUUUUAAACCUGGUCAAAUCCGAAGGCACUUCAUCGAUGUUCCACAGGGAGCUACGUGGGCUGAAGUGACAGUAUGUUCAUGUUCAGCUGAUGUGACUGCCAAGUUUGUGCUUCAUGCUGUUCAGCUAGUGAAACAAAAAGCAUAUAGAAGUCACGAGUUCUACAAAUUUUCAUCUUUACCAGAAAAAGGAUCAGUGACUGAAGCAUUUCCUGUCUUAGCUGGAAGAACCAUUGAAUUUUGUGUUGCUCGAUGGUGGGCAAGCCUUAGUGAUGUUAGCAUUAAUUACACAAUUUCUUUCCAUGGUGUACUUUGUGCUACUCCUCAGCUAAACAUGCAUGCUUCAGAAGGCAUCGUACGAUUUGAUGUUCAGUCCCUGUUGAAGUAUGAAGAUAUUGCUCCAUGCAUAAAUCUGAAAAGCUGGGUUCAAACACUCAGACCAGUGAGUGCAAAAAUAAAACCUUUGGGUUCCAGAGAUAUUUUACCAAACAAUCGUCAACUGUAUGAGAUGAUUUUGACCUAUAACUUCCAUCAGCCUAAGAGUGGAGAAGUAACUCCAAGCUGUCCACUUCUUUGUGAAUUGUUGUACGAAUCUGAAUUUGAUAGUCAACUGUGGAUUAUUUUUGACCAGAACAAAAGGCAAAUGGGUUCAGGAGAUGCCUAUCCACACCAGUAUUCUGUGAAACUGGAAAAAGGAGAUUACACUAUUCGGUUACAAAUUCGUCAUGAACAGAACAGUGAGCUGGAUCGCAUCAAAGACCUUCCAUUUAUUGUUUCUCACAGGUUGUCUAGUACCUUGAGCUUAGAUAUUUAUGAAAACCAUAGCCUUGCUCUCUUAGGGAAGAAGAAAUCCAACAGUUUGACAUUACCACCAAAGCACAGUCAGCCAUUCUUUGUUACAUCUCUGCCCGAUGACAAAAUACCUAAAGGAGCAGGACCAGGAUGUUAUCUUGCAGGAGCUCUUAUACUGUCUAAAACAGAACUUGGAAAGAAAGCUGGGCAGUCUGCAGCAAAGCGACAAGGAAAAUUUAAAAAGGAUGUCCUUACUUUUCACUAUCAUCUGAUACCAUCACCAUCAAAGAGUAAAAAUGGCAGCAAAGAGAAAGAAAGAGAACAGGAAAAAGAAAAAGAUGUAAAAGAAGAAUUUGCUGAAGCUUUAAGAGAUCUAAAAAUACAGUGGAUGACCAAGCUGGAUACCACUGACAUGUAUAAUGAGUUGAAAGAAGCAUUUCCUAAUCAUCUUCCACUGUAUGUUGCAAGACUUCAUCAGCUGGAUUCUGAGAAGGAACGAAUGAAAAGACUUGAUGAAAUUGUUGAAGCUGCAAAUACUGUAAUAUCUCAUAUUGAUCAGACAGCAUUAGCAGUAUAUUUUGCCAUGAAGACUGACCCCAGGCCUGAUGCAACUACUAUAAAAAAUGAAAUGGAAAAGCAGAAGACUACUUUAGUGGAUGCACUUUGUCGAAAAGGAAGUGCGCUGGCUGACCAACUUCUUCACCUGCAGGCCCAAGAAGGGGCUGCUUCCAGUGAUGCAGAAGGCAAAGAUGAGGAUCACGAGAGCUGCUCAGAAGCUUUGACAGAGACAUUCUGGGAAACAACAAAAUGGACUGAUCUUUUUGACAGCAAGGUUUUGUCUUUUGCUUAUAAGCAUGCAUUGGUAAAUAAAAUGUAUGGGAGAGGUCUCAAGUUUGCCACAAAACUUGCAGAAGAGAAGCCAACGAAGGACAAUUUGAAAAACUGCAUUCAGCUAAUGAAGUUGCUUGGAUGGACUCAUUGUGCAACUUUCACUGAAAAUUGGCUUCCUGUCAUGUAUCCACCUGAUUAUUGCGUAUUCUAGACAACCAACAAUUGUAAACUCAAAGUGAUUUUUAUAUGGGGCAGGAUACGAAAAGAUAAGUUUGACUUUUUAUUGGAACGCAUGUUUUCAUUACUGAAUGCUGAUUAUUAAAUUGUGUGUAUUUAUCGGUAAAGGCACCUCGGUACGGCUUAAUACCUGUUAACCUAACUCCUGUCAGCAGGGAGUUCCCUUAUUGUGCAUCCCAUUGCUGGCAAUGGAUGUGCCAGAACUGCCAACACUAAGGAUUUGGAAUUAGGCUGGAAAGGCUUACUGCAUGCAUGUUAGGUUCUUAACUGUUACUUUUAACUGCAAACCUGUAAAAGCUCCGUAUUUUUUACAGUAAACUGAAUUUUAACAUGUUUGAUCUUAAUUUCAAUUAUAUGAAGGCCUUAAAGCUACUUCAAGAGUAGCUAAAAUCUUAUUUAUUAGACUAAAGUAACAGGACAUCAUUACCUGUAUUGUUUGCAAGAGUUUACAUUUAAUUUUUUUUAAUAAAAAUUCAACCUCUCAAACUGUUACAGUGUGUAACUCGGAAUUGCUGAUGCAUAGGUGCUCUUGUAAAUCUUCAUUUUGGAGUGAUUUCAGUCAAACUCAAAAAUCCAUGCAAAGUUGAGUAUCGGGACAGGCUGAUACAUGUAUAAAAGUGCCAGACAGUUAAGUUUUGAUCAGGUAUUGUAAAGCUAUACAUAUAUGUUUAAUAAUGUUAAAAAUGUAAAACACAGCAGAAUAAAUGUGCAAAGCUGAAGAUCAAAAACCACCAUGUGCACUCUGAUACUUUAAAAGAUUAUUUUAUAAUUAAUAAAAACAAAUAAUGAAGCUAAAAA